CAAAAAUAUUAACCGUAAUAUCGGAGCUGUAUCAAACUGCAUUGCAUUGAACCCACGAGAAUUAUGUGGAAUUGUGUCGAGGAUGUUUUGGCAUUUAGCAUAUCCAUUUCACUCGUGCAUUAGAUUUGAAAGCAUGCAGUUUCCGAUGCAGAGCUUUUUCAGGUCAUAUGUGUCUUUCUAAUCCGUCUUUUCCUCCAACCGUACACACAGCUGUGGGAAACGCUUGUAUGCCCACCGCUGAUGCCAUGUGGUCAAAGCAGCUGUGCAGCUGAUAACCAGUAACAGGCAGAAGACGCCGCGCGAGGCUGCAGCAGGCGUCGCGUCGCGCUGAUAUUUAAACCAUCCACACAUCGCGUAUGCCAGAGAUGCGAGUUGCAGCGGUUUCUGCGCUGAGAACGGAAAGAUGCUUACUUUCCCGAGCCGACGCGUUCACGGAUUGAGCUGGAUUUCAGGGACACACCUGUAGAUUUUUCACCUGCUCUGCAUAAUGCCUUAUCUGAGACAGUUCCUGAUUUUAGUGCUCUUCCUGGGCUCGUUUGGAGAAUGCCGGAGUAAACACAGCACGAGAGAGAGGAGGUGGACAGGAGCUGUGGAAACUCAGAAGCAUGGGACCUCCCUGGCAAAGAAGCCACCGGAUGUGACAAAAUCACGGCGACUGAAAACAGAGCAAUUGUUGAAAGUGGACGACCAUGACUUCACCAUGAGGCCCGCGUUUGGAGGUCCUGCUAUUCCAGUGGGAGUGGAUGUACAAGUGGAAAGCUUGGACAGUAUUUCAGAAGUAGACAUGGACUUCACUAUGACAUUAUACCUGAGACACUACUGGAAGGAUGAGCGCUUGUCUUUCACCAGCACCACAAAUAAAAGCAUGACUUUCGAUGGGCGCUUGGUGAAGAAGAUCUGGGUUCCUGACGUCUUCUUCGUCCACUCUAAAAGAUCUUUUAUUCAUGACACCACCACAGAAAAUAUCAUGCUGAGAGUGUUCCCUGAUGGUCACGUUCUUUACAGCCUGAGGGUCACCGUUACAGCAGCCUGCAACAUGGACUUCAGCCGUUUCCCGCUGGAUUCACAGUCCUGCUCUUUGGAGUUGGAGAGCUACGCCUACACGGAUGAGGAUCUGAUGCUGUACUGGAAAAGUGGAGAUGAGUCUUUGAGUAUAGAUGACAAAAUCUCUCUCUCUCAGUUCCUCAUACAGAAGUUUCACACCACCUCUCGACUGGCUUUCUACAGCAGCACAGGGUGGUACAACCGCCUGUAUAUAAACUUUACUCUUCGCCGCCACAUUUUCUUCUUCCUGCUGCAGACUUAUUUCCCUGCCACACUUAUGGUUAUGUUGUCAUGGGUAUCAUUCUGGAUUGAUCGCAGGGCUGUUCCAGCCAGAGUCUCAUUAGGUAUCACCACGGUGCUCACCAUGUCCACCAUCAUCACUGGGGUGAACGCCUCCAUGCCCAGAGUCUCCUACAUCAAAGCUGUGGACAUUUACCUGUGGGUCAGUUUUGUGUUUGUGUUCCUGUCCGUCUUGGAGUAUGCAGCAGUCAACUAUCUGACCACAGUCCAGGAGAGGAGAGAGCGUAAGCUCAGAGAUCGAGCAGUUAGAGAGCAGUCAUUGCCCUGCACCUGUGGUAUGUCCCACACCAGGACCAUGAUGUUGGAUGGGACCUACAGCGAGGCUGACACCAACAGCUUGGCUGGCUACACAGAAGCUCCCAUGGUUCCCGAUGAAGUGGUGCCAGAGAAGCAGGAGCACAUGGUGGUUCAUCUGUCAGUGAGCAGCGAAUCUACCAACACUAAGAAAAAGGGCAUCCGCGCCUUACGCAUCAUGCAGAACACGCAUGCCAUCGAUAAAUACUCCCGCAUGAUCUUCCCUGGAGCCUAUAUUAUUUUCAACCUUAUUUACUGGUCGGUAUACUGCUGAUCGUUCACCAGCUACAUCCAUCUUUUAUAGUUUUUAUGGACGUUUUUAUACAACCAUCCUUGAUUUUGUGAUGCACAUCAAACAUUGGCGCAUGUGAUACCAAACUGCAGUUAACUUUGUUGUCACUUUUCAUAAGCAAAAAGACUGGCGAAAUGCAAAGUGAAGGCAGGUUAGAAAGCGCUUCGUUUAGGACUUUUCAGGUUUGACAAAUGAACUGUACAACACUUAUCAGAUUUUUUUACAGGCUUAUGUGUUUUCUCUUCAUGUUUUUGUCAUUGAACUAUUAAUGAUAUAGUAUGUACAGAGCAAGAAAGGCUGGUGUUAGCUUCUGUUUUAAAGGUGUACUAAUUAAUUUUUCAACUGUUAUACAGCUAACAAAAAUGAUUUGUUUUAACAAAUAUGGUACACACUCACCAGAUCCAGUCAUAUCGCUGGCUUAGUAAAUGCAGGUGUGAAUACAUAAUGUGGGUUGCCAUGUUGAGAUCAUAUGACUAGCUGUGUUGUGCAAUUUAAUAAGUUAAAACAUUUUUUUAUUUAUAUAGCAUAUAUUUAUACAGUUUAGCAGUGCUCAGGGUGCUCUACGAAAUAAAUAAAUCAGAGAUUAAACUA